CGGGAGUGCAGUAUUAUUCGAAGAUGGAUAUUUCAUCGCAAUUGCGGCAGAGGCGCUCUGGCUACUUGGACGCCCGCCCUCCGUCGAUGAUGUCGAAAAAUGGAAUGGCAUAUGACACGGGUAUGCCGAAGGUGGGGUCGGCGCGCACGCCCAUCGAUGUCAUUGCGACGUACAUGAACUCGUCCGACACGCGGCUCAACAACAAAGGAGCGGCGGCGGACCACGGGGGGCAUCUGUCGAUGCGGCACAGCGAGUCGGCCCAAGCGCACUUCUCGCCGAUACCGCAACCUGCGUCUGCACCUGCUUCGCUCCAGCGAAAGCGGUCGAAUUCCAUCACCCACCACGCUCUGUCGCGGGACUCGUCAGCGGAAUGGGGAUGGUUUGCCGACAUUGAUAGCAGCGGGGAGUCGUUUGGCGACAACUCGAUCACAAGCCUCUUGCGCCGCAAGUUUUCAAUCGAUUCUGGCGGCGGAAACGAACACAUAAUCCACGACGAACAACAUAGCACAAGUCGGAUGACUGCCGCGCUCAAGACAUUCCCAGGAGACAGCGGCGACAAGGUCCAGACGGCCGCCGUGUCCAUUCCCAAGUUCCGCAUCGUGCAGUCCCGCGCCGGUGCCGACCGCCAUGCCGAAUACCUCGUCACGUUCAAGCUCGGCCGGGAGUUUCAUGCAGACUGGCGGCGGUACUCUGAAUUCGCCGAGAUUAUCAAGAAGGUCGAGGUGUAUCGCUUUCCUCGCGCGAUGGCGGCAUGGCGCAAUAUUGACAAUCGAUGGUUCAACCGGCUCGAACCGUCGUAUUUGCACAAUAAGUGCAUUGCCCUCGAAGUGUUUUUGCGCGACUUGAUGUACGAACUGACCGUGCCAGACGUACUGAUCGACUUUAUUGGCGAACGAGCGAUCAACUGCAAGCCGCUGGACGCGAGCGGCGGUCGGCCAUCGGCGCAAUUGCCCAAAGAGAUGCGCCCUAAGCAGCCGCAGGAAGAGCGAGAGUUGUUUGAAAAGCUAUGGGCAGAGAACUUUGCACGGUCUGCCGUCAACUAUGACGAGUCACAGGCGCGGCCGUCAGGCAGGGCUCCAGUGUAGCUCCAUAAGAUCGGACCGAGCAGUAUUUAACCAAGUGGGACAAUAUAUAUAUAUAUAGGUGUGUGGAUGGCAUCAUGACGAACA